UGACUUGCUUCCUCUUGUAAACACCACGUGGCGAAAAUGGCGUCUGCCUGGUGCGGUGCACUCUGGGACAAACUCAACCGGAAGAAGACACUUGAGAAAGAUCUGCUGCAGACUCCUCUUCACCGUUGUCUAAGCACUCAGCACCUGGCCCUCAUAGGCAUAGGGCAGAUGGUUGGAGCUGGAGUGUUUGUCCUCACUGGGACAGUGAUAAAGGACAAAGCAGGUCCGGGUGCCAUCUUGUCUUAUCUCUUUGCCGGCAUUGCGGCCUUGUUGUCUUCGCUUUGUUAUGCUGAAUUUGGUGCUAGAGUUCCCAAAGCAGGGUCAGCCUAUGUGUAUACUUACAUCACGAUAGGAGAGUUCUGGGCGUUUCUCGUGGGUUGGAACAUUAUUUUAGAAUACAUAGUUGGAGCAGCGGCAAUAGCACGCGCUUUGAGCGGUUCCAUAGACGCGCUGGCAAAUAACACGAUGAGCAGCGCUCUUGAAGAACAUUUGAGUUUGCCGGGACAAUUCCUAAGUCAGUACCCAGAUUUUCUUUCAUUUGCCUUUGUAAUGUCUGUAGCAGUGAUUGUUGCGUUGGGCGCAAAACUUUCUGCUAACAUAACAAGCGUUUUCACUGUCAUCAACGUAACUGUCAUAGUGUCGGUGGCAAUCCUUGGAUUUAUUUAUGCGGACCCCACAACCUGGGAUAGCGGGUUUCUCCCAUACGGCUUUCAGGGAGUUCUUGGAGGAGCGGCAUCCUGCUUUUUCGCAUUCAUCGGAUUCGACGGAAUUUCGAUCGCUGGUGAAGAAGCUGAAUCGCCGGGAAGGUCAAUCCCGGUUGCGACCAUUUCGGCGAUGAUUGUCACGACAGUGCUCUACAUAUUUGUGACAACUUCUGUCAGUUUUCUUGUUCCUUAUUAUGACAUUUCUGCCAGCGCCCCGUUCCCGGCAGCCUUUGCGGCGCGCGGUAUCCACUGGGCAAAAUACGUCGUCGGUGCAGCGACAGUUGUUGCAAUUUUUACGGCACUUUUGGGGAACAUGUACAUGCUUCCUAGGACGAUCUACGCCAUUGCAUCUGAUGGGUUAUUGUUUAGAAUAUUUGCCAAAGUAAAUGAUCGUACACAGACGCCAGUGAUCGCCAACUUUGUGUUCAGUCUCGUAGCUGCUCUGAUGGCCCUGUUACUUGACAUGGAGACGUUGGUUGACUUUCUGUCCAUCGGAACUCUGAUGGCCUAUACGAUGGUGGCGGCAUCUGUCAUCCUUCUCCGUUACCAGCCCAUCUCAGAGUGUCAGUUUGAGCUGCACCCAGAUCCUACAGAUAGCGCCACCGAUUCUGCAGGCAACAUGGCGGCAACCGAAAAUGGCAGCAGUAGUGAGAGCAAACCAUUGCACCAUUCAUACAGCCAUGACGAUUUUGGCAAACUAAAGAAAUUAUUUCGCGCUCUUCCGGUGUUACGGCACUGCAGCCCCGGCACCGCAGUGGCUACGUCCACGAUUAUCAUGGCAGCGUUCAUGGCAGCGUUGUGUAGCUUGGCUUUAUACGCCACGGAGAGUAUAUUACGAGCAGAAUGGUGGACAAUAGUUUUACUUGUAAUACUUAUUUUGGGGACAGUCUUCUCAUUCUUGGUGAUCGUUGCACAUGUUCAGAAUACAGCGUUCAAGACGUUCCAGAUUCCACUGGUACCUCUGCUUCCUGCCACCAGCAUGUUUAUAAACAUCGCAAUGAUGCUGAAACUAACCUAUCUGACGUGGAUCCGACUGGCUAUAUGGAUUGCAGUAGGGCUUGUGGUGUACUUUGCGUAUGGAAUAAGAAACAGCGCAGAGAACCGCAGUCUUGCCUCCUAUAACGCUUUAACUUCGUACGGAGGGGACGGUCAGCAGGCACCUGUUCUCCGCGGUGAUGACGACGACGAUGAUGGUGAUGGCGGCGCGGAGGAGGGUGGCGAUGGAGACAAGUGGAAAAAAUCUCAGGAGGAAAAACCCGAGUUCGAGUGAGGAAUCGGGUUGCUGUCCACGAGAUGUUCGUUCAUUGCUUGUUGUAGGGUUCUUGCUGUUUGAAAUGGCAUCAAGCUUGUUCAUGCGACGAUCCACGCCGGUAGCCAUAGAGGAUAGAAAUCCGGGGAGACCUACGUAUAGAGGAACUUGAAGGUGAAUGCGUAUUGUAAUGUUAAGUGUAGGCCAAAUUACGUAUAACUAAGUGUGCAAUAGUUUGUGCUCCGAAUCCGCUAAUUUAUUGUCAUUUAUCGUCAAUGAGAAGCAAGAAGUAGCCGAGUCAUAAUGUCUGAGAGAGAGAGAGAGAGAGAGAGAGAGAGAGAGAGGGGACUGAUUCAUAGACAGUAAUAGAGCCUGUCUGGUCCUUAUAUCUGAAGAAGGUUCGGUACUCUCAGUGACAAUCAUACUAGUAAGCAGUAAAUGAAACAGAAGCCAGUGUAUUUCUAUAACUAGAUAUAUGUACGCCCACUGCAGCGUCAGUUGUAUUGCCACUAUAUAGAACUGAUGCACAUUAAGGAAGAACACUAUCUAAAGAUACUACACUACUGUCUUUCAAACCCCAAGUGUAAGUCGGGGAUCCCUUAGCCGAUGGUAAUGGUAGGCCUAUACCCGACAGGGGAAUAUAUUGUGAGAUGUUUUAACACUCAUCCACUAUUAUGGUUUAAAAUUGACAGACAAUCAACCAACGCGAUCGAAAUAUCAACAAGAUUAUUUUAUUUUUUCAGAAAAUAAUUUCCCUAAAGAUAUGUACAGGAAUGCAAACAUCGAAUGUGUAGUAAUUAUUCAAUAUACGUGAGUUGAAAUUUAGAUAUUGUGUUACAUGUAUAUAAGAUGCAAAAAGAGCAGACGUGUAUGGCCAAAAAUUUAGAAAAAUUCGCAGGAACAUUUUUUGUUUUUAAUUUAUAGAAAAGUUUUAAGAUAAUACACGAUGUGUGCAAUGUGAAAUCUCAACCAGGAGAUGGUAUAGGUUUUGUAAGUCAAGCAACAGUUUCCUUACACGUGUGAAGUAUCACCAAGAAUCUACCACCAUGGGUGUUCAACCAAAAUGGCUUAUAUUUACUCUUAAAGCCCAGAUUACAUUUACGCGGGCGCCAUGCGAUGAAAUU